GGGGUGAGACGGAAAUCAGUAGAUAUAGUAUGUGUUGACUAGAUUUGAGAGCAGUCUCCUCUCAAGUUAGAGAUACCUCGAAGUGCUUCAAUCAUCAUGGCUAUUCCGAAGCUACCAGAUUACAAGGAUAUGCCCCCAGUUGAGGGGAUGCCCCAUGGAACCGCGUGGGGCUUGUUCGACAAGGACGGAGAGAAAGACGAAGUCGGGACUUUCAACUUACUCACCCCCGAAGUGGUUAUAAAAGCAUCGUCGGAGAUUAAGACUGGUAGAAGUGUCGUCUUGAAUUGGAGUCUGGACCGAAUUUUCAACCCCGGAUUCGGUCGAACGAAGUUUCAGCAUAAGAUCCUGGAUUGGAGGGAGAAGAUCGAGGAAUAUUCGUACGAUGAUGAGAUAACGAUCAAUACCCAGUCCGGAAGCCAAUGGGAUGGUCUCCGACAUUAUGGGUAUUCUCAGAAUGGACGGUAUUACAACGGUGUCCAUCACGACGACAUACCCAAAUCGAGCCAUCUCGGAAUUGAUUACUGGAGCAAAAGGGGAGGCAUUGUUGGCCGCGGCGUUUUGAUCGAUUACUGUGCAUGGGCAGAGAAGAAGGGCAUCCAAUAUGAUCCCAUGUCUCGCCAUUGCAUCAAGCUUGAUGACAUGAAGCAAAUCGCUAAAGAACAAAACAUCGAAUUCCGCCAAGGAGACAUCCUCAUUGUGAGAAGUGGGUGGAUCAAGUGGUACGAAGAAGCAACGGAUGAAGCAAGAACUGCAAAGGUCUCCAACGGCCACGAGUACGUUGGAGUUGAGGGCUGCCCAGAGACGAUCGAAUGGCUCUGGAACAAUCAUUUCGCGGCAGUGGCUGGAGAUGCUAUUGGAUUCGAGGCAUGGCCGCCGAAAUUUCCCAAUCGGCUGCAUGAUCAUCUAUUGGCACUCUGGGGAAUGCCGAUCGGCGAAUUGUGGGACCUUGAAGCGCUGAGCGAGGAGUGUCAACGACAGAAUCGUUGGUCAUUCCUCCUCACAAGCGCACCUUUGAACACGCCUGGAGGGGUCGCAAGCCCUCCAAAUGCGAUUGCCAUCUUCUAAAUAUGCAGCCAGGGACUCAUAGGUGGCAAUAACCCCGUUGGAUAUUGUAUACCGAUGAAAUGGGUGGAUAAAUGUAGUGGUGGGGGUUUUCAAAACAGUACUGAUUAUGUAUGAACACGAAAUGAAAC